CAACCACAAGCCUUUGCGAUACGAUCCAAAAUGGCGCCGGGCCAUGUAUUGGCAACGGUAGGAACAACAAAAUUUGACCUAUUUAUUUCAACGCUUUGUUGCCAAAAAGUUCUACAAGUGCUCCAAGCAAGGGGGUACACAAGCCUGACAAUGCAGAUUGGCCAUGGGAUGAUUGUGCCACCAUCUGGACUCAUUUACGGCGUGCAGGUAGAGUACUUCCGGUUCAAGGACUCCCUUGCCGAGGACAUGCAGCGCGCCGACUUAAUCAUCAGUCACGCCGGUGCCGGCAGCUGCCUGGAGGCCCUGGGUGCCAGGAAACCACUUUUGGUUGUAAUUAAUGAGGAUCUCAUGAACAACCACCAGAUGGAGCUGGCACAGCAGCUCCAUGAAGAUGGAUAUGUUCAGUACACAACAUGCACACAUUUGGAGCAUGCCCUGCAACACAUGGACAUUCAAACACUCAAGCCAUUCCCCACAGUCGACCCCCACAAAUUUACAGAUUUCUUGGACAGCAUCUUUGGCUUCGAGAAUCGUAAGUGAAAGUGUGACACACCAAGAGUAUGCUUUGUGCCUUCACUGUUCGUAAUGACUGUUCCCUUAUCAGUGGUACCAAUAUGAAAGAAAUAUUAAUUUCAAGUUUUACAUUCUUUGUAUCUGGAACAAAGUUUUAUCUUUUGUUCCACACUCCACAACAUAUUACAAAAAUUGUAUUCAGUUCAGAAUAUUUUCUAAGCUGAUGAAACCUGAAAAAUAUUAAAUAAUCAAUUUACCAAUUAUUUGGAACAGUUAUAUAUAACAUGGCCUCUUUCUUGAGAGAAGAAAUAUAAAUUACAAAUGUUUGAAAGCAAAAAUAUUUUGAUGUCAAUGUAAUUGAAUAAAGAGGGCAGAAGCUCAUUAGACUAAGAAAAUUCUAAAUCUACCUAUGGAAGUGUGUGGGCUAGAAAACUUACAGGAUGGCAACAAGGUGAAAACAUUCACAUGGAUGUGUACUUGAGACAUGAGUGGUGUUCUGCAUCUUGAUAGCUGCUUAAGUCAAACUCAGUCCAUCUCCUCCUAAUCUAAGUGCAGUAGGAAAGACAGCUGCAAUGUUCAAAAUUAUUAUUUUAUUGUGCAGUAUUCUUCAUGUUACAAACGUAAAGGCAAACCCCGAUCCAAGGUAUGAUAUCAACAUUUUAUACAAAUGUCCAAGCAUAAUAAAAACUUUUAAAAAUA